GAUCGAAAAAUGGCGGUGACAACAGCAAAACGUUGAUGUUUUUUUACUGCUGAAAAAUCAAAUUUUCCUCCACGAUGGCCUCAGCGAUGCUAGUAAAUUCUGCCAAAACAACGUCGGAACUAUGUUGCCGUUGCAACCUUCCAAAGGAAGCACCGAAAACCAGUUCAGGGCCGUCCUCUCAGUUCCGCUACAUUUGCCGCCUGUGUUUGAUGCGUGCAGAGGACAUUGAACCGAUCUUUAUCCAUCCGGGCGAUAAAACGCUGGCCAACAAGAUAUUUGCCUGCACCGGUGUGGAGAUCGAUGAAAACGUGAACGUUGGACCAUCAAAUAUCUGUAUGACUUGCAAGUCAACUAUUUACAAGAGUUAUCAGUUCCUGGAGUUGUGUCAGAGAAACAAUAAAAUUAUCCAAAACUUGCUGGCGAGUCAUGAGAAAACGGUCGAACCGAACGGCUCGUCCGGAAAUGGGCUACGGAUGGUCAUUCGUACGGCACCGCAGCCACCGAGCACGUCAAACAAAAAAUCGCCGCCAAAACGACGAAGGUUGAACUCGCGCCGAAAGUCGGUUCGCAGCAGUCGGGAAUCAUCGUCGACCAGUGCGAGCGACAUCUCGUGGAGCGAUUGCGACGAGGAAAAGGACGAUCCGAACGAGGAUGUGGACGAAGUUAUGCCCUUCCGGCAGGUGGCGUACGAUACCGACACUCAGGAUGAUUCGUUCAAACGAAAACGAGCAGAAGCAAGCAGCGAGGCCAGAGUUCCGUUGCUGAUUAUUCCACGGAAUCGUCUAAAUAGUACAACACGGGACGAAAGAACCGGUCGAACGUCGGCAUCGUCAACGGUAGACCCGGCCGGACCCGACGAUCAGUUCCAAUGUGAGUUCUGCUACGUGUCCUUUCCGUAUCGCUUGCAAAUCCGACAGCACAUUGAUCUCCACCACGCGGACCGAAAGCACGAACUGUCUUGCAAGUCCUGCUCAAAAACAUUCUUCACGACAAUGGCGCAAACAGCGCUCCCGACGUGA